UCGCGCUCGGUCGAAAACCCAAAAAAGAAACAAGGAAAAAAAGUGGGGGAGAAAACUCGAUUCACCCUUUAACACUCGCAGUUUUCUUCUGUACUCUUCAACCUCACUUUCAAAAGUUUCCUUAACAAAAUGGCCGAUGACUCCCCCGCUUCCCAUCGAAGGGACCCCAUCAAAUCUUCAGUUGGGAACGUGGCGGCUCAACGGAGGCGGCAAAAUGCGGUAACGGUGGGGAAAGAGAGGAGAGAGUCGUUGGUUCGAGCGAAACGGUUAUGUAGAGUGGGACCCAGCGCUGACGGAGAUGUUCCGGUCGAAGGAAAUGAUAUGAUAACUGAUGAAGAAGAGUUUCUUUUGGAAGCCCAAACUUCUUCAGCUGUGGAAGACUUAAAAUCCACUGUUGCUUAUCAGGGAAAAGGUGCAAUGCAGAAGAGGGUAAAUGCACUUCGUGAGCUAAGGCGGUUAUUGUCGAAAUCGGAGUUCCCUCCUAUUGAAGCUGCUCUAAAAGCUGGAGCAAUCCCCUUGCUUGUGCAGUGUCUUUCUUUUGGCUCUCAGGAUGAACAGUUGCUAGAGGCAGCUUGGUGCCUUACGAACAUUGCUGCAGGAAAACCGGAAGAAACAAAAGCUCUGUUGCCUGCAUUACCGUUGCUUAUUGCUCACCUUGGAGAAAAGAGUUCCUUGCCUGUUGCUGAGCAGUGUGCAUGGGCAUUGGGAAAUGUUGCUGGGGAAGGGGAGGAGUUAAGAAAUGUUUUGCUGUCUCAAGGGGCUUUGCCACCUCUUGCAAGAAUGAUGUUGCCAAACAAGGGUUCAACUGUGAGAACAGCAGCUUGGGCAUUGUCAAACCUUAUCAAGGGACCUGAUCCUAAAGCUGCAACUGAGCUCAUCAGAGUUGAUGGAGUACUUGAUGCAAUUCUUCGACACUUAAGAAAAUCGGAUGAGGAGCUGGCCACUGAAGUAGCAUGGGUGGUGGUGUAUCUUUCAGCCCUUUCAAAUUUUGCUACUGGUGUUCUGGUGAAGACUGAUGUCCUUCACCUUCUUGUGGAAAGAUUGGCAACAUCAAAUAGUCUGCAACUGCUCAUUCCGGUGCUGAGAAGCUUAGGCAAUCUUGUGGCUGGUGAUUCACAUACAACUUCUACCAUUCUUGUCCCUGGGCUUGAAAUCACAGAUGGUGUCAUAAAAGUCCUAGUAAAGUGUCUGAAGAGUGAGCACAGGGUCUUGAAGAAGGAAGCAUCAUGGGUUUUAUCUAAUAUAGCAGCUGGUUCUGUUGAACACAAGCAGUUGAUAUAUUCUAGUGAGGCAGUACCUUUACUACUGCACCUUCUUUCAACAGCUCCCUUUGAUAUAAGAAAGGAAGUAGCAUAUGUGUUGGGCAACCUCUGUGUUGCCCCUACAGGAGGUGAUGGGAAGCCAAAUCUGAUCCAGGAGCACUUGGUUUCCCUUGUUCAGAGAGGAUGCCUUUCUGGUUUUAUUGAUUUGGUUAGAUCUGCUGAUGUAGAGGCUGCCAGACUAGGACUUCAAUUCAUGGAGCUGGUCUUGAGAGGAAUGCCAAGUGGAGAGGGCCCAAAACUAGUUGAGCGAGAGGAUGGGAUUGAUGCUAUGGAAAGAUACCAGUUCCAUGAAAAUGAAGACCUGAGGAACAUGGCCAAUGGUUUAGUUGAUAAAUACUUCGGGGAGGACUAUGGGGUCGACGAGUAAGGUUUUAGGAUGAUCACCCCUGCUCCUUUCUUCUCUUGUAAUCUUUUUGUAAUCUCCUUCCCCCAUCUUUUCUGGGAUGUAAAUUCAAUUAGUUGGCGCAUCGAAGGAUUCGUCCGCAUCGCCCUUUGUUAAGAAAACUCGGGCUGUAAGGCUACCCACGUCGUAGGAUGUCUGAUACCAUGUGUCUCUUAGGAAUUCACUCAACCGUUUGUUGUGCAAUCUUUUCUUUAAUGAACAUGUAAAUUUGGAUUAAUUUGUCCUUUUUUUUUAAAAUAAAAAACAUUUCUG